AUGAUAGGUGCUAAACUUUAGCGGGUAUCCGAACGGGGCCUUAUGCUAGUACCAUACAACAGAGCGGCAUCCGGGCCGGAUAUAUUCCCUCCCCGCCCCCCGUCGUCGCGGAGCAGGACUCAACAGAGCGGUCACGUCACAUCAUCGUCGUCGACUUCGCCGAGCCGAGCUCGCUCGCAGGGAGAAAAGUCGAAGAGAACGCCGCGGGAGAAAACAAGUCCAGCGCACGCCAUGCGACCCGCGCUUGCUCGCUUAUUAUAGCAAGCAAGUAGCAAGGGCCAAGGGAGCAGCCAGAGUCCACAGGCAGGCUCCCUCGAUCCGCCGUCGUCUUCACCGCUUGAGCACCCCACUUUCUGCCCAACCUCCUGCUCCUCCUCAUCUCGAGAUCACCACCGCUACUGGGUCGAGGAGGAGGGGAGAUGGCGAGCGCCGCUGGAGGUGGGCCGGCGGGUGAAGGGGAGUGGCUCAAGGUCGCCGAGCUCAGGGCCAUGGUCCAGGCGCAGGACCCCCACGCCAAGGAGGUGGACAACCUGACGCUGCGGAGGUUCCUUCGCGCGCGCGACCACAACGUCGACAAGGCCUCGGCCAUGUUCCUCAAGUUCCUCCAGUGGCGGAGGGAGGCGGCGCCCGGCGGCUUCGUGCCGGAGGAGCAGGUGCGGAGGGAGCUCUCGCAGGACAAGAUCUGCAUGGGCGGCGUCGACAGGACCGGCCGACCCAUCCUCGUCGGCUUACCGGCCAGGCACUACUCCGCCAGCCGCGACAUGCCAGAGUUCAAGAGUUUUGUUGUCUACUUCUUCGACAAGAUCUGUGCCAGAAUCCCCAGAGGCCAGGAGAAAUUCCUCUGCAUCGUUGAUCUUAAGGGCUGGGGGUACUCGAACUGCGACAUCCGGGCCUAUAUCGCAGCCAUAGAGAUCAUGCAGAACUACUACCCGGAGCGGCUCGGCAAGGCGCUGCUGAUCCACGUGCCCUACAUGUUCAUGAAGGCCUGGAAGAUGAUCUACCCGUUCAUCGACAACAACACCAGGGACAAGUUUGUUUUCGUGGACGACAAGAGCCUGCAGGAGACACUGCGCCGUGAGAUCGACGAGAACCAGCUCCCAGAGUUCCUUGGCGGCAAGAUGCCCCUGAUCCCCCUCAAGGACUAUGUCCAGCAUCCUCAGGCCGUUUAACCACAUUGUGAGUCAUAUUUAGAGGCUAGGAGCACAGUACGAUCCGUGAUUACAACAAAGAUGCAUCUAUUGGUCCCGAAAUAGUGGCGUAACAUCUUCGCAGGAAAAAAGAAGAAGAAAAAAUAAAUGGUGUAAGUGUACCUGUAAAAUGCAGCUUUGUCCGCUUGCAGCGGGCGGGGUCAAUUGACCAGCGACUGCAAACCAAAUCCCUGAAUAUGUUAUGUGCACGUGCAUAUGAAAACUAUGAACAGGAAGGCACCCUGAAGACAAACACGAUCAUUCCUUCUCGCA